AUGAGUUUCCAAAAUUAUUCAAGUGCUGAUUUCAUUAAUGGCCAACGCCCAAACCCUCCUGUGUACCAAGAAUUUGUGUGUAUACAUUGUCAUAUGCUGAAGGCUGAUAAAAUAAUUUGGUCUAUAUACUGCUACAUCUCGCGGGACUCUCGAAUGUUACCUGUAUCUAUAGGCGGCUAUUUGGCUAGUAUGGUGUUAAUUGGGCCCGUUAAUAGUAAGUGCAAGAAGUAUUAUGGAGUGAAAGGACGCUAUAUUAUGGUAAAAAGACGCAUCAAGUGGAAUUUAGUAGCUACUAGAAGUGGUAUAAAUACGCAACAUGCGGAAGAAACCCGCAACACUAGGUGGUGGUAUAAUUUUGGAGUUUUACCACAUCCGGUGUGUAUCUUUGAAGUUGUUACCAUUUUCCCAGUGUGUAUCCUGUUACCUUUAACUGCUUAUUUUACACAUUGUACUUCCAUAUCUUUAGUAAGCCUUAGUCACUGUGUUCUUGUAACCUUGUGA